AUGAUGCAUUCGUUUGGUAUGUUCUUCAUGAUGCGAUUUGGUGAAGAUGCUUUGCGCAGAAUUACGAUACCUCUAACCAGCUUGCAGUUCACUCAAAUAAGAAAUCGAAGGAGAACACUUCGCUUGCCAUUUUGGAUUCCAAAUAAGAAUGAUAAAACGCUGGAAUUUUUGGAUCCUGAAACCAGCAAACUGUAUGAAGAAGUCUUAAAUUAUGAAAAAAACGGUAUUCUGCCGGCUUGGGCAAAUUCGAAUGUGUCACCACUUAUAUGUGGUAAUCGAUUAAUAAAUGAUUAUAAAUCACGAGUUUGGACUCCACAUUCGAAACGUACUGGUUUAUUAGCCAGGAAAAUUGGAAUGCUACCACAGUGGCUUAAUGAUGGUACUCGUGUGCUGUGUACUCUCCUUGAAUUUCCUCAAAAUCAGGUCGUUUCUGCUGUUGAUCCUGACUCGUGGUAUAGUUCAAGUCUCGUGGGGAAACGUAAAGCAUUUGGUAAAUACGGGCCAAUGUGGAAAAUAACUGUAGGAGCUGUUAAUGCGAAUCCAUUAAAUUUCACAUCUACAUAUCGAGCUAUAUUUGAUCGCGCAGGCAUACCAGUUAAAGAACAUUUGGGUAGCUUUUUGGUAACAGAAGAUGCAGUUCUUGCUGCUGGUACUCCUCUACAUGUUUGCCACUUUAGCGUUGGUCAACAUAUAACAGCAACUGGAAAGACUAUAGACUGGGGAUUCCAAGGUGUUGUGCAUAGAUGGGGAAUGAAAGGUCAACCCGGAUUAUCGCCAACUAAAUCUCAUCGUCGUGUUGGAUCCAUAGGAUCCACUGGAGAUGCUCGUGUAUGGCCUGGCAAACGGCUACCUGGCCAUAUGGGGUAUGAGUGGCGUUUAAUCUCUGGACUCGAAGUACUACGAAUUAAUCCUUUAAAACAGGUUAUGUAUAUCAAAGGAAACGUCCCAGGUGAAGUAGGAGAUAUCUUAUUAAUUAAUGAUGUUCAUAGAGAUGAAAAACAUGAAAAGCAUGUUCGGAAUCCUCCUUUCCCGACUUAUUUUGCAAACAAAGGUGAAGAGAAUAUUAGUAAUGAUGAGAAAUCAGGGAUGUAUAGUGAAAUUUUAUUGGGUAUCAUUGCUAUGAAGCCAGCAAGAUGCAGUGGGUGGGAUAUUCGGGCUUGUGAUAUGGUGAGAACUGCCAAAGAACAAAUAACACGGCCACCAAGAGCUAUUUCAGCAGCUCGACUUCCUCAUACUGUUUUACUGCUUAUUUUCGAUUAUGUCGGUUUGAAGAAUUUAUCGGCGUGCAUGCGCGUGUGCAGACAUUGGUGGGCCGUGCUGCAACAUCAAGAUAGUUUAGUAUGGGAGUCACUUGCAAGAAGGAUUUUACCCAAAGAGGCGCAGCAUGAUCCUUGUCUUUUAUCUGAAACUAUCUCAUCUAUGGAAAAAAUACGAGCUUUUUAUUUUGCAUGGAAUCCGAAUGAUUGCUCAAAAAACAAUUACGUGAGAACUAAUGGCUUCACAGUGCAUCGAAAUCCAGUUGCACAAAGCACUGAUGGAAUUCGAGGCAAAAUUGGCGUUAAAAGUGGUAUACAUGCAUGGGAAUUUAUUUGGGAAGGACCAUUGGGCACUGUUGCUUGUAUUGGAAUGGCAACAAAGCAUGCGGCUUUACAUUGUCAAGGAUAUGUCGCACUUUUGGGUAGUGAUGACCAGAGUUGGGGUUGGAACUUAGUUGAUAAUCAGUUGAUCCAUAAUGGUGCACAAAUAAGUCCUUACCCAAGAAUUAAUAACCCUCCAAAGUACCAGAUGGGUGAGCGAAUUCGUAUGGUGAUUGAUUGCGAGAAACAUAUGAUUUAUUUCGAAAAAGGAAGUGAAUUUCUUGGUAUAGCAUUUUCAAAAUUACCACCGCUUAAAUUAUUUCCCGCAAUGUGUGCUGUAUAUGGUAACACCGAAGUAUCUAUGGUCUAUUUAGGACCUCCACUACUCGGUUAG